GCCUAGCGGAGUGAGGCACUAGCCAGGGAGAGGACGCAAGUUUCAAAUCCUUACGUCGGCCCAUCGGGAGCUCUGUGCACGUCGGUGCGCUCGCAGACAGUUGCUCAUUACGGCUGCAUCGCCUGCUCUCGCCGACAGCCGGCGAUAGCGCACCACUGUGCUGCUGCAUUGGCAAAAUGGCAGCACACGUAACCCAGCAGCUCAGCAGCGCUUCCUUGGAAGACGCCUGCGACGACGACGACGUGUAUGAGGUCUGCACGCACGUCGCCAUCGUGAGAAAAACACCGGAGCUCGACAGCCCGGAGUUAGCCGCUGUCCCAAGAGGAGCAAGAAAUCUGCUGCUGGAGGGCGACUUAGGGAAGCUUUCCAAGCACGUGAGGCGGGUGCGCUGGCGGGUAGGAAGGGACGAGGGCUUUGUUUCCAGAAGAUGUGUGAGACCUGUCUCCUGGAAAAGUAUCUGCCGACGGACGGGACGAGCGCGCUGGCGGUUGGAUGUUUCCGACUGGCGGCCCGUGCGCGGCGAGCAAGGUAGGGAGUGGGCGUUCCUGAUGGAUCUGAUUCCCGAGCCGUCAGAGAAAGAAAGAAUAGGGAGGUUCCACCACGCGUCCGACCGGUACAAGGCGUUAGUAUCAAGGUUAUGUGCGCGUAGAGUGUGCGCCGUGUGUUUAGGGCUCGAGGACGCGACUGUCGAGGUCGGACGGACCAAGGGCAAGAAGCCGUUCUUGUUACAAGGGGGUUCAGAUGAGAAGCCGAACUUCAAUUUCAACGUGAGCCACGACGGGAGGCAUGUCGUCGUAUGUGCGGAGCCUCGUACAGUAGUAGGUGUCGAUGUGUGCGCCCCUGAUUCGGAACGGAAGGGCGGCGGCGAGCACGACCUCGAGGCCAUGAAAGAUAUGUUGACAGCACGGGAGUGGGCCUGGUUAAAUACUGAAGAUAGAGCUGAAAGAUUCAGGUUGCUGUGGAGCGGGAAGGAGGCCUUCGCGAAGGCUCGGGGCGACGGCCUGGGCUUCGAGUUCAAACGGCUGGAUCUUGUUAUCACACAAGUCAAAUGUAAGGAUGGGCGACGGCUCUUCGAGGGUAAACCCAUUGUGGAUGGUGUUUCACUGGAAAAGGAGUGGCGCCUGUCGCUCGAAAUCUUCGAAGAUGGACACGUCUUUGCCUCCGCGAGAGGGCCGGUCCAUGCUGUCGUAGAUGCGCACGGCCUGUUCAAAGCGACCCUUCGAAAGCAAUCAAUCACGUCUGAAGAGUUAGACGCAGACUUACAUCUCGAGUGGACGCCUUUAUCUAUUGCAGACUUAGUACCCGACGAGCAGAGGAAAGCCUACCUGAGGUGCGUCGACGACGAUGAGAGAUCACUGGCGCCGCCUCCACCAGCACUGUCGCCGGACUCGACGACGCCCGGCUCCGUGCGCUACCAGACGUCGCCGCCGCCACCGGGCGACGUGAAGAAGGGGUCUGGCGUUUAUGUAAGUGAGGCGCCCAUGGACUGCCAAUGGGCCGUCUACGGGCGCGACGACGAUUAUCGAUCUUCUUGUGCGAAGGAUGGGUGUGUCACGAACAAUAGGGGCAUGAUCCUAGGUUAUCUCACGGAGACGCAAGCGGGGUCGGCUUCCGAGGAGUUUUUGGGCGAGCUCGAGCCCGACGCCACCGGUUCGGCGUUGAACGCGCUCGAUGGCCAGGAUACGCAUAUUUGUACAUUACAUUUGGACGGCUGUCGUUUAGUAUCAUUGGAAGGGUCGACGCUGUGUGAAGUCGACCGCUCGGGCCGGAUUCUCGGGCCGCGGUCUCAAGUAUUAGGUGAGGUCCGGCCCUUUUCCUACGCGAUGCAGCGCGAGGUCGCGCUGUAUCUAUGCUUCCUGGACCCGGGUUUAUUGGAUUCUCAAGUGUAACUUUUCAAGUUUGUGCCAGUGGUACUCGUUCUCUCGCGCACCGUCUAGGAUCACGCCAUCGCCGCGACAACACACCAAGACUAGAAGAGAUGAAUCGUAUUUAUAGGUGACCGCGUGGGCCCCGCCCGGGCGGCGGCGACCGGCGUUCGCUCGGCACGUAUGUCACAUGCGCCGUUUUGUAGCGAGGCCGUUUUUCCAGGCUCACAGGAGCCCCCCAGAAAAGUGUCGCCGCGCUCGAGGGCGAGCGCAGU